AUGGCGGCCGAGGCCCCUAUCAAUUCGAGCAAGCACGAGCGUCGCCAAAAUGCUCUCGCCGACAUCCAAUUCGCAUCGAUACUCGACGAUGACGACCUCACGCCAGUCGAGUCCGGGGACGAGACGGAGCAGAAGCUGGAGCUCGAGACGGUCCAGUCCGCGAUUGGUGUCAGCAUUGGACAACAGCAGACGCGCUUGAUCUCGCCGAAAACGCCUGCUGCCGAGAAGGCGGCUGCAUUGGAGGAUCUCGAUGGUGGCGCGCUGUUCGACGGCUGGGAACAACAUGCGACUGCGGUCAUAGAUGCCAGGGCGAGAAAUCGCGUACCCUCCCACGGCGAGGUCGAUGAGAGCCGUUCUGCAAGAGCUGAGGAGGUCAAGUAUGCAGACGAGCCCCUCGAGCGAUUGCCCUCGCCGUGGCGCGUGGGGCCCAAGACUUUCCAGGGUCGCAUGAGCGACCACCGCACCACGCUACGGCAACACCUCAAUAAUGGGCGGCGCAGAGCCUCGUCGAGCGGAUCAAUGGCAGAGGCGGUGCGCAAAUACGUGCCCUUCAACCUACCGAAAGCGCCAAAGCACCUGCAGUUCUCGCUGCCAAGCCUCUCGGCCCUGUCACUCGACUACGAGCGCGGGAAGCCAACAACAGGCGCAAGUCCUCGCCCCAGGCAGAUAGAAGCAGCGAGCACUGGCAGUAUACCUCAGAGCGAUGGCAACUCUGAAUCGACCUUGGGGCGUCGCAGAAGCUUAAGCUCACCACAACAGGCGAACACGGCACCAAUACCCCAAGGCGAGCUCAAUGACAGCCUCUCGACCCUUGCGCCGAGGGUGACACCUCGCGCAUCGCACGAUCGACCUCUACCUAGGUUCCGUAGGUCGAACUCAGAGGGUUCACUGCUGCUUUAUCGUUCCAAGUCUAUUGCGUCGUCUCUUGGUGACGACUCACGUUUCGAGAGCGUCUCUCAGCAAGUCAACAGCAGAUUGAAGGCCAUCAAAGACAGCUUCCAAGAUUCGAACUUCAAGCUUCCCAGUCCCUCUUUGCCGAGCUUCAACUUCUCAUACGGCGAUGAUGCGAUUCGGAGCCGCAAUGGCAGCGUACCACCCCGAGGUCGAACCGUCGACGACUACCUCACGCGCAAAUCUAGCCUCCGCCCCAGCCCAGCCGCAUCAUUCCCACGCAACGGCUCAUCUGUGUCUCUCAGAGCAAUGCGACCCUUCAAAGACGGUGGCUCAGAAGCUGACACCCAUCCUAAUUUCACAAGAGCUCUGGAGGAGCUGGAAGGCGACCUCGUGAUUCUCGGAGGGUAUCGUGGCUCUAUUCUGCGCUCUGCUGAGCCUCCAAAUCGCCAGGUGUGGGUGCCUAUCAAGGUUGGCCUGAAUCUGCGCAAGGUAGAUCUGGAGGUGCCAUUCGACGAAGGUGCAGAUGAGAGAAUGAAGGAGACCAUCAUUCCCGGUGGCAUGUUGACCCACAUCGGUCCUGUUGACAUUUCCAGACGUCUAUUCAAGCGGUUGCGAGCAUCUGAGAACUUCAAGAACGGCAAGCUGAGAGUGCACAACUACGGUUAUGACUGGCGAUUGUCCCCGCACUUACUUGCAAGACAGCUGAUUCAGUUCUUGAGAUUCCUUGAGUGUAACCAAGCAAACGUUCCGACUGAGAGGAAAGGUGCCAUCGUCCUCGCGCAUUCACUGGGAGGCCUCAUUACUCGCCACGCCAUCAAUCAACGACCAGACCUUGUCUCAGGCGUGGUAUAUGCUGGGGUACCACAGAACUGUGUGAACAUUCUGGGUCCCUUCCGAAACGGCGACGACGUCUUGCUGUCGUCUCGCGUUCUGACGGCGCAGGUGAACUUUAGCAUUCGCACUUCAUACGCACUGUUGCCUCUUGACGGCAAAUGCUUCAUCAACAAGCAUACAAAAGAAGAAUAUCCCGUCGACUUCUUCGACGUCCACACCUGGAUCGAAGGCCGCUUGUCGCCGUGCAUAGCACCACCAUUGCCGCGCCCAGAGGCGCCAAAGGAGAGCAGCUUCAGCGUCAGUGGUGUCUUGAGCGCUAUGUCACAAGCUCUGCCAGCGUUCCCCAGUCGGAAGGGUAGUAUUUCAAGAGGCAACGGCGAGGCAAGCAACGGUGCAGCAGACGUCGCCCACAAUGUCGCGAACAAAGUGGCAGAAGGCAACGCAGAAGCUGCAGGGGGUGGCAUGGAGCCUCAAAUGGUGGCAGGGCGAAGAAUGUCACGUUCGACGUACACAAUGAAUGACCCGAACCCUGCAACCGCAGUCACCAUUUCACGCGACGAUGCUAUCAAGUACCUCACUCGAGUUCUUGCAGAGACCAAACGCUUCAAGGAAGAGCUUGCCCACGAACCUAGGCACACGGAAGCGAACGCUUACCCACCGAUCGCGCUCAUGUAUGGCAAGUCGACACCAACUGUAUAUGGUGCCAAAGUCGAGUCUCGCGAGGCGAUCGCAAGGGCUGAUGUCUACGAUGAGCUGGCGUUCGCAAGCGGAGAUGGAGUAGUGCUUGCGCGUGCAGCCAUGGUGCCCGAAGGAUACUCUGUAGUAAGGGGUGGCGUCGUGUCGAGUGAUCGCGGGCAUGUCACGUUACUGGGCGACCUCGAGGGCGUCGGGCGCUGUCUACAUGCCGUGAUAAGGGCGCGGCGAGCAGGCAUUGGUCUAGGC